GCGCCCGUGCUCGAGGCGCUGGGGGAGAGCCACCUCGGCUACAACGUCCUGCACGUCCACUACGAGGCCGCGGGCCUCGGCGAAGAGUUCACGCCUGCCCUCGAGUCGGCCUGGCGAGAGGUGUACGCCUUCAUCGCGCAGAGCAUGCUCAGAGGCGCGUCGCGCGCCAUGUACACCUUCUAG